GCGCCUUAAACUGAGUGCAAGAAUUGUCAUGACCGUCAAAGACGCUCCUGUUGCCGCCGCCUCUGUGUUCUUCUGGUCCUGAGGAAGCGGCGCGGGCAGGCUGCUGCUCCCUUCACCACGCCGCCUUUCGGAAUGCUUUUGCUGUGGCCGUGCUUGGUGCUCUCGCUGUCACCAUGGAGCGCCGCGGCUCGGAGGCCGAGCGGCCGUUACUGGCUGACUGACGCCAAAGGGCUGGCCCGGGAGUUCGACGGCAUCGGAGCGGUCAGCGGCGGAGGGGCUACCUCUCGGCUUCUGGUGAAUUACGAGGAACCUUAUCGUUCACAGAUUUUAGAUUAUCUUUUUAAGCCAAAUUUUGGUGCUGCUUUGCAUAUUCUCAAAGUGGAAAUUGGUGGUGAUGCACAGUCAACAGAUGGAACGGAACCAUCCCAUAUGCACUAUGAAAACGAUGAGAAUUAUUUCCGUGGUUAUGAGUGGUGGCUGAUGAAAGAAGCUAAAAAGAGGAACCCUAACAUUAAAUUAAUUGGGCUGCCAUGGGCUUUUCCGGGGUGGAUUGGGAGAGGUGAGAACUGGCCCUAUCACCAUCCAGAUGUCACUGCUUAUUAUAUUGUCUCGUGGAUUAUAGGUGCUAAAAGAUUUCAUGAUUUGGACAUUGACUACAUUGGGAUCUGGAAUGAACGGACUUUUAACAGUAAAUAUAUCAAGCUUUUAAGAUCCACUUUGGAUAAACAAGAUCUGCAGCGGGUGCGAAUCGUAGCCAGCGAUAACCUAUGGGAACCAAUUUCCUUUGUCAUGCUGCUUGACUGUGAACUCCGUGAAGUGGUCGAUGUCAUUGGGGCUCACUAUCCAGGGACAAUUACCAUGCCUUCUGCCUUGUUAACAAAAAAGAAACUCUGGGCUUCAGAAGACUACAGCACUUUAAACAACGAAAUCGGUGCAGGAUGUUGGGCUCGAAUCCUGAACCAAAACUACGUCAAUGGCCACAUGACCUCCACUAUAGCUUGGAAUUUAGUGGCUAGUUACUAUGAAGACUUACCCUUUGGUCGGUGUGGUUUAAUGACAGCGCAAGAACCAUGGAGUGGGCAUUACACCGUGGAUCCUCCAAUAUGGAUCACUGCACACACAACCCAAUUUACCCAACCAGGCUGGCAUUACCUGAAUGCAAGUGGCCGUUUAGACGGAGGUGGCAGCUACGUCGCACUGACUGAUGGGAAAGGCAACCUUACAAUCAUCAUUGAAACAAUGACUCAUAAGCAUUCCGCUUGUAUCAGACCACCUCUGCUUCCGUACAGUGUGUCACCCCAGAAAGCAACUUUCUAUCUCAAUGGAUCCUUUAGCCACCUAGAAGCUCUUCAGAUGUGGUAUUCUAAGCUUGAAUUUAAAUCAGCAAAUUCCACAUUGUUCCAGUCACUUGGACCCAAAAAAGUCUGUGAAGGGGUGUUGACAGUAAAUUUGGAUCUGGAUGAAGUCUAUACCCUGACAACACUGAAAACAGGCCGCAAAAGCCCUUUCCCUGAUCCUCCUCCUUCCCAGCCCUUUCCCUCAACUUACAAGGAUGACUUCGAUGUCCGCAACCCACCUUUCAGUGAGGCACCAUACUUUGCUGAUCAGACUGGGGUCUUCGAGUAUUUUGUAAACACUUCGGAUCCAGGGGAGCACGUCUUUACUCUCCGGCAGGUGGUCAAUCAGAGACCUGUGACGUGGGUUUCUGAUGCAGAGAACACCAUCAGCAUAAUAGGGAACUAUAAAUGGAUGAACCUAACGCUCAGUUGCGAUGUUUACAUAGAAUCAAAUCGAGGAGGUGCAUUUAUUGCAGGAAGAGUGGACAAAGGUGGGAUAUACGUUGGAGAUGCCAAGGGGGUUUUCUUCUGGGUGCUUCCAGAUGGCACUUACCGAGUCACAGGUGAUCUCUAUGGCAAAGAGGUCUUGAUGAAAGGACUGUCUGGUGUGCGGGCUGAAGCUUGGCAUAGACUUACACUAAUUCUCACGGGCUCUAAUGCUUCAGGCAUGUUAAAUGGUUAUCCUCUCUGGGAGAAUGUCACUAUAACCAAGCCAGCGAAUGGUUGGGCAGCUAUUGGGACAAAACAUUUUGAGUUCACACAAUUUGAUAACGUUCAUAUUCAAGCCAGCUGAGGCUUUUGACAAGCACUUUCAAAGAAGCAAAAACCUGACUCACCUUAGUGCUUUGAAAAUAAUUUUUUGUAAAUGAUGUUGAUGGGAACUUUUAUGAAUGAAUUUGACUCUGCAGAUUAGAAGAAUUAGAGAAGACUGGAAUCUGCUGAUAGCCUUUUAAAUUGUUGGAAUUCAAAUAUCAUAGCAGGACUUUUUAAAGCAACAGUGAGAUUUCACAAAGGGAAUAUUUUCCAUACUUGCAUAGCUCUGAAGUCCAUUCCUUUUACUCUAGCACUCCACUCAGUCAGAUAAUAUGCCUUCUGUAAAGGGAUCUGUUUACCUUUUUGGUGGUCCUCCUGAGAUAAAGGUUUCCCAGUGGAUUUAAAUACCUUCUCCCGGGAAACAAGAUCUCACUCUUAGCCUUUUACAUUCUUAAAUAAAUUUAUCUAUUUUUAACUGCAAAUAAACCAGCUGCUAGCUGGUUGGAUUUCAAGAAAUCCUUUGUUUUAAACUACCUCUUAUUCUAUAAUAGCAGCAAAACAAGUACAUUGAAAGAGCCUUAUUUUAUGUUGGAUAACUGCACUGUUUGUAUUGGUCUUAGCAUUUCCUAUGUUUGUUUAAAUGAAAUACACUUCUGCUAGAGUUUAAGGGAUAUUUGACAUGUGAAAAAGCUGCCAGAUCUACAGGCAGGCUAGACUUUUGUGAGCCUGGACCACUUCUUCCAUGUGGGUGGAGUGUAUGUGAGUGCCUCAGUUUCUGUGGUUGUGGUACUCCAAAGUGACCAAAUAUACAUUGCCCACAUGGUACUACUGGUGCCUCCUUGCAUUUGCUGGUUGUCUCCAACUCAGCAUAGCCUUUUUGGUAGUCAAAGGGGGACCCCCUUCCUUUUUUUAAAGCACUGGAUACAACUCAUUUUGAAGUGUUGGCUUAUCUGUGAAUUUGGAUGUUGGCCAUUGUUGUGGUUAAGCAGAGAAGAGAAAAACUAUUUAUUUUGCUUCUUAACCAGGAGUUGUGCCUUAUACACUGAAGCCAAUGUUUUAAGAUUUAAAUAAUGGGAAAUAACUCUUGAAGGAUUUCAAUCAAUGUUUCAAGCACUUUUGCAAAUUUGAUUAAUAUGAAUAUUUCCAUAAUCAGACCAAAUUUUUAAAAAAUAGAUUGGGUUGAAAGUUCUGAUGGUCUAUCCCAAGUUCCGCUCCCACCAGCAGUUGUGUUUUUUUUUUUUUUAAAUGAUCCUGGGAAAGUUGACUGUUGAUGGAAGAGUUUCAUCCUUUUCGCCCUCCAAAGUGCAGCCGGCUAACCCACAUGCAAUUCCUGCAACUCAGAGCAUCAACUUUCCUGAAUUUGGAAGGGAGUGUUGGGUGGAGAGUAAUGCAAGAAAGAUCUGUAGUCCUGGGACCAACAAAUCACUGGAUCUCAACUCACUGAUCUCAACUCAUCAUUACAUCAUUACAUCAUCUCCUGGCAUCUUUUGGUGAUGACUGACAUUAAAGAAAGGACCCAAUUAAUGUAUCCCAAAGAGUUUAUUAUUUAUUUUUUGCACUUGCUUAACACAUGGCUGUAUUUUUACACUAUUUUGUUAAAUGUUGCAUCAUCAAGAAGUAUAGUUUUGUGUUAAUUUAUGAAAUAGCAAAUUGAAAGUUGUCAUGUUAUGAGGUGUGCUGAACUGGUUAAUGUCUGUGUGUUCUGUAUAUGUUCUUGAUGAAAAGGCUUGUGUGUGUGACCAGUGCAAAGUCUAAUGUUUCAAAACUGAAGAAAU